UUUCUCAAGGUGUUCUCUGUGCAGCUGAAGAUGGCGACAGAUUGAGGGGGGAUGGAAAACAGGAGACACCGAUCCAGGAUGAUCAGGAACGGGAAAAACGUUGCCCACCAAAAAAGAAAGAGGAAAGCCGAGUGACUGGGCGUGCAGGGGAGAGGCGAGGCAGGCAGGGGAGAGGCGAGGCGCCCCGGCACGAUGAGGAUGAGCAGGGCCAAGCGCUGACCGUGGGGAGAAGGAGUAUGCUUCUGCCUGGCUCCGCUCUGGGCUGAGCGGCUCGCUGUAUGGACUGGCAUCGGCGAACGGCAGCCUGGACAUGUUGAGGACCGUGGCGCUGAUUUUUCCUCCCGCAGCAACAUGCAAUGGCUGGUGGUAGCAUUUAGCAGCCCAGGAGGAGGUGGUGGAGGAGGGGAAGGCACUUCCUUGUUUCUAGCCAUGAGAAUGAUGCCCAUCAUCACACCAUGCUUCAGAGGAGGUAGGUGACAUUGUUGGGGGGAGUCUAUAAGAGGAGAGGAGCAAAGAGAACCGCACCGGAGACCGCAGUAGCCCCCCCACUCAGCCCCUAAAAUAUGAUCAGGGGGGCUUGGAUGUAUCCAAGAGAAGAUGACGCUGUGUUAAAAAUUUGUUGUGCACCAAGACAAAACGACAAACCCUGCGCUGAUUCCGAGAGGGCACAGAAAUGGCGAAUGUCUCUGGCAUCCCUUCUAUUUUUCACUGUCCUCCUCUCUGAUCAUCUGUGGCUCUGUGCUGGAGCCAAGCUCAGAUCCAAGGAUAGGAGCUUAGCCAUGCAGACGCCUUGGGGGGACGCAAGCCAGCGCGCCUUCCAGCCACAUUUCCUACUGACAGGGGAUCAACAGUCACAGGAGGGGAGGUGUGAGAUUUUUUUAAGCAAUUUGACCAAAUUUGCUGCUCCGAUCCCAUAUUGCACUGGUGCCCGGGGUCAUUUCGAUCUGGACUCAGCUUGCACCAAAUUGUAUUCCUUGCAGCGACUCUUGGGCUCUUUCCCUUCUGUGCCCUUAAGGCCACCCCCCUCCUCCUCCUCCUCCUCCUCCUCUCCAUCAGCCUCUUUUUUUUCCUCUUCCUCCUCCAAAAUAAACUUCUUGAAGGCUUAUUUUAGGAACUUCAACCUCUCUUUUUGUGAUACUUACACGAUCUGGGACCUGCUGCUGGGCAUGGCCGGCCCAGACAGCUUGGAUUGCAGUUUGGACAACCUGAUGGUGGAUUUCGUGGCUGCUGCAGCCGGUGCUCUGGACGGAAAGGCGUGUAGCAGCUGUGUCCAGGCUUAUCAGAGGCUGGACCAACACGCUCAGGAAAAAUAUGAGGAGUUUGACCUCUUGCUGGAGAAAUACUUGCAAUCAGAAGAGUAUUCAGUUAGAUCCUGCAUAAGAGACUGCAAGGCUGUCUACAAGGCCUGGCUCUGCUCCGAGUAUUUCAAUGUGACACAACAACAGUGCCGACACCGGAUUCCAUGCAAGCAAUACUGUCUGGAGGUGCAGACCAGGUGCCCCUUUGUGUUACCUGACAAUGACGAGCUGAUCUAUGGAGGGUUACCUGGUUUCAUCUGUACGGGGUUGCUAGAGAACCAAUUAUCCAAUGAGGAAGCAAAGUGCUGCGAUGUGCAAUGGGACUCUUGUGACCACCCACCAGACAGCAACUACAAUGCGUCCCCCAAAUCCACAGAGUCGGAGUCAUUCCAUUACCACCGUCAUGACCCCCACCUUCAUCACCACCAGCAGCAUCACUAUCACCUCUACCACCACCACCAGUACCACCAACCCCACCCGCCAUCUUUGCUGCCUGUCUCUGCAGGGUCUCGCCUCAGCAACAGCAAAAUCAGACUGUGCGUCCUGGUCCUUAUGCUUCUCCACACCAUGGUGUCCUUCUCAAGCGUGCACAGCAGUGAGGGGACUGCCAGCAGGGGGCUGAGCUUGGAGGCCCUACCUGCUAUGGACGAGAGCAUAACAAGAGAUGAGUGACCCAGAGGGGAAAGGAAACGUCCAAGCAGAGUGCCGGCUUUUUUCCUGCCAAGGGGGGCACACGCUAUUCCUCCAAUGGGAGGCACAGGAUUGGGGGUGAGGUGCACACACACACCCCUACCCACACCCCCAAGAUCUGCUCGUCACGGGGCAUCCCCGUGAUGAAGAGUCUUUAAUGCGCACAGGGCUGCAGGACUCAGCUUUGAGAAGGGUUCAGUUAUCAACAGCCUUUCAGCUGUGUGCAUCCUGCCUGGUAGAGGCUCUGGGAGCUAGUGUAAAGAGGUAUAGAAAAGGGGAGGGGGGAUGGGAUGGGAGAGGGUCCCUUUGAAAGAGUUCUCCCCAUGGAAAUGCCAUUGCUCUCCCUGCCACCUAUGAGGUGUCUCAUGUGGUGCCCCUAUUUUUUCUACCAACUGGAUAAUUCAGUGCAAUGGGUUCAAGAAAUUGGUUUAUCCAUUAUUCCUUUUUUUCCCCCCAGUCUUUAAACUUCACCAUUGUAUAUCGCCAAAGCUGCUAGGUGGCAUAUAUAGCAACUCAAACACCUCAAAACAAACCCCAGCUAACUUCUCAGCAAACCUCUCCCUGCUGAGGGACAGUCUUGGGUACUCAGUGUGACCUGGUGACCCCUCUGUCUGGGUAGCCCUGGUGUUAGGCUCACUCUCUUGCCAGCAGACAAGAUCCAUUUCUAAGGCUAAGUUAUUGGGGUGGAAGAUGUAUUACCUGGCAUUGUGUGUGCCAUUUGGGGUUGUGUUUCUUACCUCAGUCAGCCCUUCCUUGUCUGUGCCACUCUUGUCCUUCGAUACACUGAACAUAAAGAACAUACCAUGUGGAUGUUGGCAGUGAGUAGAGAGAUGGCUGUAGUACAGGAUGGAACAGGAAAUUAUAUUCCCAGAGUUCUUAACACUUCACUCUUCAAUAUGUCCCCAGAAUUUCCUUAAAUUCCUAUACUUUGUUUUCUCCAACAGCAUGUUUGAGUUUGGAGAGGGCAGCACUUAGGGAAACAAGAAUCUUCAGGGGCAGAGCUGACUGCACUAGUUUGCAGUGGGGCCAGAGAUGGUAACAAAGGGAUAAAAAGCCCCAAAUUGCACCCUUUAAAGUUUCCACGUUACAAACUCUUACAGCAUGUGGGAAGAGGACUGGAGAAAUCCAGCCCAUAGGGAAAUAAUUUCCCAAAUAAAAUGCCACCAGCUAACAAAGCACAGGUGUGGAAGAGAGGUUUCAUGUGCACUAUGUCCAUUACUGAUCAUACAACUCCUGGAAGUCCUGCUGGAACAGCCACACUCAGCCUGGCAAGAUGUUGAUUGGCAAUGCUUAGAUUGUCCAAACACAGUCAUAGACUAGAAUUCAGCCCCAUCCAGACAUAGGAUCCCACCUCUAACUCUGACCUUUCAAAUUCUCCAUCCCAAGGACUGAGAUUUAUACUCGUAGGCAAUGUUGCAAUUUGAGGUAUGUGGCACCCUCUUCCCCCCCUAACCCCAUGUCCCUUUAUAGCUGAUAUUUCCUCUUGCAGAGCCCACAUUCAGGGUGAUUUCCUUCAUACUCGCAGUGAUGUUACUGUACUGGGCUGAUGAUAUCACUAGGAGGAGCAAAUGACAUUUUAGGAAGGAAUGCUUGGGGGCCUGGCUGGAAACAAAGACAAAAGAAUCAGGAAUGAGAGAAGAGUUGAGGAUCGAAUAUUAGGGAGGACAAAUCUCACUUUGGAGGGGGGAUGCAAGAUGAACUUGUUGUCCAACAUCAGUAUGAAGCGAAGCACAAGGAGACAGAAAAGCAUGUUGUGUACAGUUAGAUGCUCUCCCUCUCUCCAGGUCACAGUGACCGGGAGCAUUUAUUAUUCAUCUUGCAUGGCUCAUUUAGGGAAAAGUUAAGAUUUAGAUCCCACCACCUGAGACAGCAUGUUCAGUGGCCGAGUGGUUGUAACUAGGGGUCAGGCAAACCAACUGAAAUCAGAAUUAGACUGGUUCUUCUGUCAAAUCUCAAACCAAGCCCAGACCUGUCUGAAGGUCAAAGAAAUUUCUUUAAGUUCAGGAUUUAUAAUACUUUUGUAUUUCCUGGCUUCUGUUGAAUGAAGCAGAAAUAACCAUGACCAAAACAAUAACCAAAACACCAUGAGAAUAGCUACUUCCUGCCUGGCUGGAAGAAGGAAGUACCAGAAAUCUCAUGGGAAAGCUGGAUUUUCUGACAUUUCCAGCCCAUUUCCAGACCAAAGAGGAUCAGAAAAGCAGCUGAAUGUUUGGAUUCUUAUUUGACUUGAACCUCAGAAUUUUUGGAUGAUGUUUACAUGUUAUUUCCCAUGCAUUACCAAAGUCACAAACGCAUAAAGCCUGUGAACACCAUUCUCAUAGCACCAAACAGACCCACUGACUAUCAGGCUAAAACUGUGUAGUAAUCCUAAUACAACUAGUUUCCAGGGCAGAUCCUGGGGACACUUCUUAAGACAGAUCUUGUUGCUGUUUGCACCCACUGUGGCUAGGACAGACCUUGUGUGAACAUUCACAACAGCUACCAUGUAUUUGCAGUUUGGUUCACUCUGAUCUAAGAACAGGUAUGAGCAACAGUUUAGCAGACAUGAAUCAGACUUUUUUGAUCUUGGGAGUUUUUUGCCUUGAAAAAGCAUCACAGCCUUUGUGAUAGCUAUGAUGACUUGACCAGAUGACUAGGCCAAAGGAACAUGCACAAGCAUGUUCCUAUAUCAAGACAACAGACUCUGACUCAUUUUUUAAGGAAACUAAACUUCACUAGUAUUGUUAAGGUUUGAGUGGUCACCUAAUUCCAAGUGUCUACUUCAGAGAUGGUGGGCAGGGGUGGCAAACUUUUUGGCCCGAGGGUCACAUCUGGGAAUAGAAAUUGUAUGGUGGGCCAUGAAAGCUCACAUAAUUGGGAAGGGGUGAGGGCUCUGGUUGGGGGUGCGGGCUCUGAGGUGAGGCUGGAGAUGAGGGGUUUGGGGUGCAGGAGGGUGCUCCAGGCUGGGACCAAGGGGUUUGGAGGGUGGGAGGGGGAUCAAGGCUGGGGCAGGGGGUUGGGGCACAAGGAGAGGCUCAAGGGUGCAGGCUCCAGGUGACACUUACCUCAAGCGGCUCCCGGAAGCAGCGGCAUGUCCCUUCUCCAGCUCCUACGUGGAGACGCAACCAGGCGGCUCUCCAUGCUGCCCCGUCCGCAGGCACCGUCCCUGCAGUUCCCAUUGGCUGUGGUUCCCAGCCAAUGGGAGCUGCGGGGGUGGUGCUUGGGGUGGGGGCAGCAUGCAGAGCAGAGUCCCCUGGCUGUCCCUAUGCUUAGGAGUCAGAGAGGAGCCAUGCCACUGCUUCUGGGAGCCAUGUGGAGCGGUCCCCGACCCUGCUCCCUGGCUAGCGUACCAGAGCAGGGCAAGCCCCAGACCCCGCUCCCCAGUGGGAGCUCGAGGGCCGGACUAAAAUGGCUGGUAGGCUGGAUACAGCCUGCGAGCUGUAGUUUGCCUACCCCUGCUUUAAACAAUACAAUAGGAUGGAGAAGAGCUGACCAGUUUGCACAUCAGCACGUGAUCCUGAGUCACCAGACUUGUUCAAUGUCUGGUCUGAUUCUGUUCAGGUCAGACACCAAGCGGAAAACUCCAAGUAUUGCUCAGCCACAGGUGGGCAUAGUAGCCUGUUUCUAAUUUUUUUUUUCAUGUCAUUUCUGCUCUUUGUGAAUGCUAGGUAAUCCCAUAAAGACUGUGGGCCUGAAUCUCAUUUACACUAAGGCAAUCUAAAGGGACCAUAAAAUGGGUGUAAACGUAAUUAUACCUACCUUAAGGCCCCUUUACCUUGCCAGAGCCUUUUAUACUGCCAGGACAGUGUAAAGAGUCCUUACGGUAAAUGAGAAUCAGGCCCUACAUGUGCCAUAUGAUAACAGGAAGCCACAUACUGAUAUAAGGACAUUUUGUGGAGGUCUAUAUUAUGUGACUUGUUUACAAUCCCCCAAAUCUGGGGGUACACAACCUGUCAGAGCCUGAAUCUGAAGAAAAGAGAGAAUCUACCACGGAAGCUGCCUACAUUUUUAGGACAGGCCUUUAUCCACCAGUUCACAGCUCAGGGCCAAGUGUAGAAAUGCUGUCUGACUGAACUAAAAUAGAAUAGAUGUGGACAUGGAAUGGGGCUAGAGGAGGUUGAGUAGGGUUUUGUUGGAAUGUAAUAUGUGCCUCAAGACAUUUUCUGACCUUAAUCAAUACAAUAUGAAUUGAUGAGCUGCACCUCUUUUACGAAGUACCUUGGCACCUGUUUCAGGAUUGUCAUGGUUUGUGACCUAGAUCAAGCCACUGUCCUGUCUCCAUUUGCUUUAUUCCUUCUAUCCACCAUCCACUGUAAUCGGCCUGAGACCACUUUCUAGUUUCCAGUUGACAUCGUUACUGUGAGAAAUGCCACUGCGUCCCUUGAUUGUAAUAACAUCUUGUUGGCAUGGAAUGCAGAUGCAUUCCUGUUUGGUCCUUGAUGACCAAUGCUAAAUCAGAGCAGAGUUCUGCAAAAAUACCUCCUUCUUAAGGAGAGUGGGGUGACCACAUAGCAAUGUGAGCAAAUAGAGUUCAACCCUCUCAUUCUUUCACCUUUAGUACACAAAAUAUGCUCCUUAUUUACUUGGUAAGUACUGCUAGUUUGUUUGCCUGGAUUGGGCAGGUCACUUACUACAUCCCAGCAAGUGAUUUAAGAACAGUGGGAACGGAAGGGCGCAAAGCCAUUUUCAAAAGCUAGGUCCAAUUGUAUGUGUUGAGGCUUUCAACAAACCUCGCCAUAAGUGUAAUUAGUAAGAAACCUACAGGAGCAUGUAACUACCAUGUAAUUGCACUGUUUUAAGUGAAUGCUAGGCAGUUACACAGUAAUUAAAGAAGCCUUGCAGCAUAGUUAUGCCAUGGAAUUAAAAUGAGACCCAAACGAUUUUUCAGGUUACAGUCUCCCAUAAGAUUCACAAAUAAAAGUCUGCUAUUGCACCAACAGUAAAGUGAUCCCAUCUGCCUGGCAUGAGGGAAAUGUUGGAUUUCCAUGGGCCUGGCAGGUUCAGGACUGUCCCCUGAUUAUGCUGUUUUGAGCUAGUGCUUUCUCUCUGCCCCUGAACAUGCUUGGUAUCAAGGGUGAUUGGGGGGAAAGAGCUGUAUCUUCACAGAAACAAGUUUUUGAAAAGAGUUACUUUCUCUAACAAGUCCAGGCUGUUGUCAGUAAGUUCUGUGGUUUUAGUGCACCAUAUGCUGUAUUCAACACUUUGCCAGUCUAGUGAAAUGAAUCCAGGCUGUGCUGUUCUCAGAACAGGACUAAGCCCCUGGAAGCCAUGUUUAUUACACUUCAUCAUUAUAAGGGUGUCUGACAAAAUCCUCUUUCUGAGCUGACUGUGACAUUAUACUCAUAAUAAACGUCUGUCUAUGCUAGCCCUCUCUCUGAUAUACAGUGUGAUGCUCCCCUUUACUUAGACUGUAACCCUGCCUCAAUAAAGCCUAUUUACAUUGCUUACAUUAUAA